AUGUCUACGGAGUCAGACGAAUAUGCGGCUGGACCUACUUCUGAUUCUAGCAUUGAAAUCUCUCAGCUUUUCAUCGAUCACGAGCAGUCGACGGGUCCAAGUCACGGCAACUCCGCAGCUCGACACGACGAUCAAAACCAACUGUGCCAUGGGCAAGACUCUGGUCACGAUGCUGGCAACGUUACAGGCUGUUCUUCCAGUGAAGAUGAGGAGCGAGUGCCGCCCCGCCUGUCCCACGUUGCGCUGUACCACCACGAGCCAUUUACGGAUGCAUCCCAGCAAAUUCGGCUGCUGCAGUUUGCCCCCUCACCAGAGUUGGGGCUCGUUGCGUGUACACUCAAAACGAUCCGGAUCACUGACGCUCCUGAGUAUGCGGCGAUCUCGUACGUCUGGGGCUCAUCGCUUGGGAAAAGGCCCAUCCUUUUAAACGGAAUGCGGUACGAUGUUACAGUCAAUUGCCAUUAUGCGCUCAGACAGGUCAGAUGUCGGCGUUAUAGCGGUGUAACUUUCUUCUGGGUGGACAGCAUCUGCAUCAAUCAGGAAGAUCUUGAUGAAAAGUCGGCUCAGGUACAAAACAUGGGCGAGAUAUUUCAACGGGCUACCACCGUGCUCGCCUCCGUAGGCACUCACUGUGAUAACAGUAGAGAAUUGAUGCUCAUGCUAAAGGCUCUAUGGUUAUACACCCAAGAAGGACCGAUGGAACCGAAGUCUUCUGUGGCUAUCUCGACAUACUGCUGGCUGCAAGAUAACGUCCGGAGAUAUUGGAGGCAGUUAUGUCGAGAGAAGACGUUUGCAACGGGCGACGAGCCUUUUACGCAGAUCUUUCUGGCGUUCGUGAAUCGAGCGUACUGGAAUUGCUUGUGGAUUGUGCAAGAAACCCGUCUCGCCCGAAACAUACAGAUCCUCUGUGGAGGACGAUGUCUGCCGGUUGAUGUCUUCACCUUGAUCUGGCAGAUUUGUUCAAUCGUGAACAGAUUGGACAUUCUCAGAGUGCUUCGCCAACGUACGGCAAUGAAUACCGUAUUGUCGUUCUCCAAGUUCUUGCCGGAUGAAGGUGCAAACAGCCCUGUGCAGAGUUGGCGCUCGAUGCCAGGGUCAUGGCAAGCCGCACCUGGCCAAGUACAGAGCUCAGACAUACUGUCGGCUCUCUCCAUUUCAAAGAUCAACAGUGCAGUCUUUUCCAUGAUUGUUUCUACGCUUUGCAGCAUAUCGUCGCUUGGCCCAAACACAUGCGACCACUCCUUCCAGACUACCGGAUGGAUCCUCUGGACCUCUUUCACAGCAUCAUUGGCCGACUAG